ACUCCCAAAUCGCACUUCUUCUUCUUCUUCUUCUCCUGCUUCUCCUCCUCCUCCUCCUCCUCCGACCCUGCGAGAGCCGAGCGAACUCCGACCUUCCGCCGCCAUGUUCCGGCACGCCGCCAAGCUCCUCCACCGUCCCGUCCCGGCCGCCGCCGCCGCCGCCGCGAGGGGGGCCCCGUCCCGCCCCUUCUCCGCGGAUCUCCCUGCGGCGGAGGCUGCGGCGGCGGACGCCGCGUUCGUGGAGGCGUGGAAGAAGGUGGUCCCCAACAUCGACCCGCCCAAGACCCCUCUCUCCUUCAUGCAGCCGAGGCCCGCCACUCCGUCCGCGAUCCCGUCCAAGCUCACGGUCAAUUUCGUCCUCCCGUACGCCUCGGAGUUGUCCGCAAAGGAGGUGGACAUGGUCAUAGUGCCAGCAACAACAGGACAACUUGGUGUUCUUCCUGGACACGUGCCAACUAUUGCUGAACUAAGGCCUGGACUUAUGUCGGUUCAUGAUGGAAAUGAUGUGACAAAGUACUUUGUUAGCAGUGGCUUCGCAUUCAUCCAUGCAAACUCAUAUGCAGAUAUUAUCGCUGUUGAGGCUGUGCCGAUUGAUAGAAUUGAUGCAAACCUGGUCCAGAAGGGGCUUGCCGAGUUCACCCAAAAAGUGAACUCAGCCUCGACUGACUUGGAAAAGGCUGAAGCACAAAUUGGAGUGGAUGUGCAUAGCGCUCUCAACUUGGCUCUAACCAGUUAGGGCUUCGAACCUUAGGGCCGCUCUCGGUUGGUCAUUUUCAGCAUUACCCUUCUUUUGUUUAAUGUGAUCUGGCUUGAGGAGAGAUGUUUCUGACAUUUUGUACUGGUUAAAUCCCGCAUGAAAAUUCCUUUGAUGAAAUAAUCCUCAAGUAAAUUGUUUUUUUGGCUUUCGGAA